AUGUCAGACAAGUUCAAGGAGCGCAAAAGAACCCCUGUGUCCCACAAAGUGAUAGAAAAGCGGAGAAGGGACAGGAUCAACCGCUGCUUGAAUGAGCUGGGCAAGACCGUGCCUAUGGCCUUGGCGAAGCAGAGUUCGGGGAAGCUGGAGAAGGCGGAGAUCCUGGAGAUGACGGUUCAGUACCUGAGAGCCCUGCACUCGGCUGACUUUCCCCGCGGCAGGGAAAAAGCAGAACUCUUGGCGGAGUUCGCCAACUACUUCCACUACGGCUACCACGAGUGCAUGAAGAACCUGGUGCACUACCUCACCACCGUGGAGCGCCUGGAAACCAAGGACACCAAGUACGCGCGCAUCCUCGCUUUCUUGCAGUCCAAGGCCCGCCUGGGCGCCGAGCCCGCCUGCCCCGCGCGGGAACGGCAAUUUGCGACACCCAACUUGAGUGCCAGAGAUCCCGGGGCUGCCUGGUGCGCACAGCCGCACACGGCCUCCAGCCCCGGGGGCGCUAGACAGUCGGAAGUCGACGCUUGUGGUUUGAGGAACGCGCUUAGGCGGCGUUUGAUUCUGCUGCUGAGAAGUCGUGCGGGAGCUCAAGCCUGGAGAGAAAGUGUAACCUUCCUUCCCUGGGCAGAGAUGGGGCAGCCGGUCCCUCGUGGACCCUCGGUGCCUUUGCAGAUCCAGGAAUAG